AUGACGUAUUCUACAGAGUCUCCGUGCCCAUUUGAAGUAUACAUAUGCUUUGAAAGGAUUACUUUGUUGGCUCCUACCCCCACUGAGUGUUUACAACAGCAGCUGUGGAUUUAUGAGACCAGUUGGUGGAUUAUAAAUGAUGUUCAAGUAACUUUUAUCUUUUCAUGUGGUGUUGCGGUUAUGUCGAGAAUUGGGGACGGAUGUGCUUUGGUGUUAUUGGAGAACCACUCACUCAGGAGUUCACUAAUGAUCUGGGGAUCAUCAUAA